AUGGGUCAGUUGCCAUGCAAUGGUUGUGGGAAGCAUGGACGCGACAGGUGCAUUUGCGGUCCUGGAAAGUUUGCGCCGGUAAAGCGGAAACAUGAUUCCAUCGAGAAUGAGAAGACCAAGGAACCACCCAAGCCUAUAAACCCUCACGCGAAGUUGCUCAAGGCUAACGAAGGCGAGGGUGAUGGCAAAUCCAAUGUCUCUGAGCCACCUCUUACUCGCGAUCAGAGGCUGCAUAUGCAGCUACAGAUUGAGAAGUUGCGCUUUGAGCGGGCUGUACGCUUGCAGAAAGUUGCUGAAGACAUCAAAUCUGAAACUGAUCGCCGUGCAGGCUUCAAGGCAGCAGAGGCGAGAGACAAGAAAGCUUCCCAUCAGACCAAUGUAUUGGCACUUGAUCCAGUUCACUUGGCUAUGACAUGUGAGUAUGCCUCCGCUCGCAAACGAACAGCAAGUUCGAGACAACUUCGGCUGAUCCUUCGCAAGCUCACAGCUCAUGAUGCAGAAGCUAUGGCGGGUCGCUGGGGGCCUGUGUACCACGGAGGGUCGCCUCCAGCCUUGAACUGGGAGGAGAAGCGGGCACGUCAGCAACUGGAAGACAGGAGCAUGAGGCAGAGCGAUGCGCAGAAGCUGCUGGCUGAUCUGAAUCCUCAGGCGCUUCUGCCGGUUGGAACCACCUCCAACGAGGCUCUGCAUCACGAAAUCAAAACUUGGUUUCGUGAAACGCAGAAGCUUCACCAAGCAACGCUCCGGCUAAAGCUAGGCAUGCUGAAGCUUGGCAACACCCUCUCGCACAACCGCGCCUUAUACCACCCCACCACAAGGCAGAUGCCGGAGGCUGAACUGGUGGCCCGGGCCAGUGCCUCCGUUGGGUGGUCAACGGAAGAGUGGCGUGCCUGGUGUCAAGAGCUGCUUAACGUUCGUAUGCCUCAAAAGGCAGCGCUGCCGCUGCAGCAGCAGAGGGAGGCUCAAGUCAGACGUGUCCAGGCGGCUGCUUUGAAGAAGCCCGCAGCCGCAGGAGUCGCCGCUGGCAUGAAGCGGAAGCGCGGACGUUCCUACCAGCAGCCCGUGAGAUCGGACUUGGGGUCCGGGGCGCAUCGCAAAAGCAGACGCUUGCAAGGGAACAUGGCUGAGCGACAUGCAGCACACCAACAUCCACAUGAAGUUUGUUUUGCAUAG